CGACCUCCUCUCCUCUCCCACCAUCGACCUCCUCUCCCCAGCCAACCCCACCGACGAAUUACGCGGUCUUCCCAUCCCCGGGGGCCUCCUCCCUCGACCCCGUCGCCGGCGGCCCCUAACCUCUCCUCCUCUCCCUGGCGACUGGCGAGGGAGGAUCCAGAUCCACUCGAUAGUGGAGCCCCGCCUCUUCUCCUCUCCGGUCAACAUGGAGGUCCGCCGCGUCCAACCUCCUCGACGGCGCCCAGAACCCUAGGUGGCCCAUCUCUUACUCCCAUGGCCAUGGCCAUGGCGAGCCUGCAAGAUGUGCAGCAGCAGCCCGCCUGAUGGCCCCCUCCCCUCGCCCCCGCGUAGAUCUUCGAGUACAACGGCCCACCCUGCAGCCACUAGUCCGGGACGAGCGCAGCGCCGGUUCGGGUGUCCUGCGCCAACCAGAGCCCGCCCCAGGUGCUCGACAAAACGCCGGCUACAUCCUCGGCAUGUUCCCCUACCCGAGGUGAGGAAGGUGGAUAUGCUCGACCGAGUCACCAUCUUGCGGUGCUAUGAUUUGAUUUGUGUGCUAUUGUUGCUUGUGGUCUGCAGCCUGCAGGGGUGGUCCCUCUUGUUUUUUAGGGUGCAACAACUGAUGGUUAUUUGUCCGAAACAAAAGUUAGUGAGUAACGUUGCUUAUUUGAUAGAACAAAAAUGUCAGAAACAAAUCACAUUAAUGUUUAUGUGCUAUGUGCUAUGCUUUGCAGCUGCUGACCUCUUCCUAUGGAGGAACAAGAAGAUCUUUGUCGGGGUGCUCACGGGCGCCACCGCCAUUUGGCUACUAUUUGAGUUUUUUUCAUGCAUCUAUCUACUGGUGGUGACUAUGCUGUCUAUGAGAUCCUACACCCGAGAGGAUGUGGUGGAGCUCCAGUGUAGAGCUACUCAUUUGAUUCAUUUGAAAAGAUGAGUAAUUCUUUUUCAUUAACAAAAGCUUCUCAUCUCUUUUCUUCUAUUUUCCUCUCUUCUCUUCUCUUUGCUGCUGUUAAGUUAGGACUUUCUGAUGAUGAUUGCUGUUGUUAGAAAUCAUGAUUGCUUAGUUUAGUGUAGGACUUGCUGCUAUUGUUGUCAUAUUCAUACUGUAUUUUCCAAAGUUUGAUAGCACAUCGUCCUUAGGAUAAGUUCUUGAUCAAAGAAAUGGACUAAAUUAAAGCAUUCCCGGGAGUUGAUGCUGUUCUAAUUGACAUGCUGCUGUUCUCAAACUGUUGUUGUCAUUAACCUGAUGUUGCUGUUGUUGUAGGAGAAGAAGGAGCACACCCAGGAGAAGAAGGAGCAAGCCCAGGAGAAAAAGAGCGAGCAGGAGAAGAAGGCACUGGAUUGCUGCUGUUGGAGUGUUGAGGACCUGGGAUCUGUGACGGCCCUGCACCGGCUCCC